UCCUGAACAGGAGAGUCAGGGCCACGACUAGUGUCUAUCGGGAGGAGCUGGGACUCCAGGCCCUUUUCCCACAGCCUCGUGCACUUCUCACCAGAGCUUGUCAGAUUGGGUCUACUCCAGUGGAACAAGAGGGGAACAGGCUUGGAGAGGCGAGGCCAUGCAGCUGGAAGGGGCAGGGAUUCAAACCCGGAACUUUCCACUGUCAAAGGGUGUGCUUUUCCACCUUCUCCUGGUCCCGGUCCAUGGCUGAACUUCCAACGCUCCCCUGUGCCCAGGCCCGGUGCCCCUUCCUGGGCCAGCGGGCAGCUGUCAGGGCUCAGCCUUUCUGCCUGCACCCCCCUUGCAGGUCCCCAUCUUUAUUCACACUAGCUCAGCUGGUCUAGCAGGUGAGUGACUCACCCACCUGUACACACAGCGCCACAGGGAGAGCUGGUGUGCGUCGCCUUCCUGCCUUGCCAGCUGCUGAGACAGCUGGGACCUUCCCUGCCAGUGGGGACCCCGCGGCUGGAAUCGGACCACACAGAAUCCAGGCGAGCGGCUGGGACGGUGCUGGUCUGAGCUGGACUUUGUCUGAUGGCUUCCUCCAGUCCUCCUCCACAGGCUGCUGCAGGCGAUCAGCUGGUUCCUGGAGGAGGCCUAGGCCCCUCCCCAGAGGCGGAGGACGACCCUGGAGAGCCCUUUGAGUUUGACGACAGUGACGAUGACGAGGACACCAGUGCUGGCCUGGGCGUGCCAGGCGUUGCUCCAGAGGACACAGACGCCCCCCUGAUCCAUUUGGACGCGGCCCCUGUCACGGACGCAGACCCAGACCCAGCGGCCUCCCCGCCCCAGACACAGGUGGCGGCUGUGGUGAGCAAUGGAGAUGCUGUGGACACAGCUUUGUCCGGGGUCCGGCGCUCCAGCUGGAAGCGGAAGAGUUCCCGUCGAAUCGACCGGUUCACUUUCCCCGCCCUGGAUGAAGAUGUGAUUUACGACGACGUCCCGUGUGAGAACCUGGAUGCCCGUCAGCCCGCAGGGGCGGAGAGGAGCCUGCUGUACGAGGAUGUGCGCCAGGACGGGGCGCCCAGGGAGGCCGAGGACCUAGGCUGGAGCUCCAGCGAGUUUGAGAGCUACAGCGAGGACUCCGGGGAGGAGGCCAAGCCGGAGGCAGAGCCCGCCAGGCACCGAGUGUCCUUCCAGCCCAAGCUUUCUCCAGACCUGACUAGGCUAAAGGAGAGAUACGCCAGGACUAAGAGAGACAUCUUGGCUUUAAGAGUUGGGGGGAGAGACAUGCAGGAGCUGAAGCACAAGUACGAUUGUAAGAUGACCCAGUUCAUGAAGGCCGCCAGGAGCGGGACCAAGGACGGGCUGGAGAAGACGAGGAUCGCCGUCCUGCGCAAAGUGUCCUUCCUGCACAGGAAAGACGUCCUCGGUGACUCGGAGGAUGAGGACAUGGGGCUCCUGGAGGUCAGCGUCACGGACAUCAAGCCCCCAGCCCCGGAGCUGGGCCCCAUGCCCGAUGGCCUGAGCCCUCAGCAGGUGGUCCGGAGGCACAUCCUGGGCUCCAUUGUGCAGAGCGAAGGCAGCUACGUGGAGUCUUUGAAACGGGUCCUCCAGGAUUACCGCAACCCGCUGGUGGAGAUGGAGCCCAAGGCGCUGAGCCUCCGCAAGUGCCAGGUGGUGUUCUUCCGCGUGAAGGAGAUCCUGCACUGCCACUCCAUGUUCCAGAUCGCCCUGUCCUCCCGCGUGGCCGAGUGGGACGCCUCCGAGAAGAUCGGGGACCUCUUCGUGGCUUCGUUCUCCAAGUCCAUGGUGCUCGACGUGUACAGCGACUACGUGAACAACUUCACCAACGCCAUGUCCAUCAUCAAGAAGGCCUGUCUCACCAAGCCCGCCUUCCUCGAGUUCCUCAAGCGGCGGCAGGUGUGUAGCCCCGACCGCGUCACGCUCUACGGGCUGAUGGUGAAGCCCAUCCAGAGGUUCCCGCAGUUCAUCCUCCUGCUUCAGGACAUGCUGAAGAACACCCCUAGGGGCCACCCGGACAGGCUCUCGCUGCAGCUGGCCCUCACGGAGCUGGAGACGCUGGCCGAGAAGCUCAACGAGCAGAAGCGGCUCGCUGACCAGGUGGCCGAGAUCCAGCAGCUGACCAAGAGCGUCAGCGACCGCAGCAGCCUCAACAAGCUGUUGACCUCGGGCCAGAGGCAGCUGCUCCUCUGUGAGACGCUGACGGAGACGGUGUACGGUGACCGCGGGCAGCUGAUCAAGUCCAAGGAGCGCAGGGUCUUCCUGCUCAACGACAUGCUGGUCUGCGCCAACAUCAACUUCAAGCCUGCCAACCACAGGGGCCAGCUGGAGAUCAGCAGCCUGGUGCCCCUGGGGCCCAAGUACGUGGUGAAGUGGAACACGGCACUGCCCCAGGUGCAGGUGGUGGAGGUGGGCCAGGAGGGCGGCUCCUACGACAAGGAUAACGUGCUCAUCCAGCACGCCGGCGCCAAGAAGGCCUCUGCCUCGGGCCAGGCUCAGAGUAAGGUGUACUUCGGUCCCCCGCGACUCUUCCAGGAGCUGCAGGACCUGCAGAAGGACCUGGCUGUGGUGGAGCAGAUCACCCUCCUCAUCAGCACGCUGCACGGCACCUACCAGAACCUGAACAUGACUGUGGCUCAAGACUGGUGCCUGGCCCUGCAGAGGCUGAUGCGGGUGAAGGAGGAGGAGAUCCAAUCGGCCAACAAGUGCCGCCUCCGGCUCCUGCUUCCCGGGAAACCCGACAAGUCUGGCCGUCCCAUCAGCUUCAUGGUGGUCUUCAUCACCCCCAACCCCCUGAGCAAGAUCUCCUGGGUCAACAGGUUGCACCUGGCCAAGAUUGGACUCCGAGAGGAGAACCAGCCAGGCUGGCGAUGUCCGGACGAGGACAAGAAGAGCAAAGCCCCGUUCUGGUGCCCAACGCUGGCCUGCUGCAUCCCCGCCUUCUCCUCGCGGGGCCUCAGCCUGCAGCUUGGGGCUCUGGUCCACAGUCCUGUCAGCUCUCCCCUGCUGGGCUUCUCGGCGGUCAGCACUUCCCUUCCACAGGGCUACCUCUGGGUUGGGGGAGGCCAGGAGGGCGCAGGAGGCCAGGUCGAGAUCUUUUCCCUGAACCGGCCCUCACCCCGCACGGUCAAGUCCUUCCCGCUGGCGGCCCCCGUGCUCUGCAUGGAGUACAUUCCUGAGCCGGAGGAGGGGGAGAAUGGAGAUGGAGACAAAGAUGAGGGCCACACGGCUGCUGACCCCUCGGCUGCCGUGCAUCCGACCAUCUGCCUGGGGCUCCAGGAUGGCAGCAUCCUGGUCUACAGCAGCGUGGACACGGGCACCCAGUGCCUGGCGACCUGCAGGAGCCCAGGCCUGCAGCCUGUGCUCUGCCUGCGACACAGCCCCUUCCACCUGUUUGCCGGCCUGCAGGACGGGACCCUCGCCGCCUACCCUCGGACCAGCGGAGAUGUGCCCUGGGACCUGGAGAGCCCUCCCGUGCGCCUGACAGUGGGGCCAGGGCCCAUCCGCACGCUGCUGAGCCUGGAGGACGCCGUGUGGGCCAGCUGUGGGCCUCGGGUCACGGUCCUGGACGCCACCAGCUUGCAGACUCAGCAAAGCUUCGAGGCGCACCAGGAUGAGGCCGUGAGCGUGACGCACAUGGUGAAGGCGGGCAGCGGGGUCUGGAUGGCCUUCUCCUCCGGUUCCUCCAUCCGCCUCUUCCACACGGAGACGCUGGAGCACCUGCAAGAGAUCAACAUCGCCACCAGGACCACCUUCCUCCUGCCAGGCCAGAAGCACGUGUGUGUCACCAGCCUCCUGAUCUGCCAGGGUCUGCUCUGGGUGGGCACCGACCAGGGUGUCAUCGUCCUGCUGCCUGUGCCUCGGCUGGAAGGCAUCCCCAAGAUCACAGGGAAAGGCAUGGUCUCCCUCAACGGUCACUGCGGGCCUGUGACCUUCCUGGCCGUGGCCACCAGCAUCUUGGCCCUGGACAUCCUACGGAGUGACCAGGAGGAGGCCGAGGGCCCCAGGGCCGAGGAGGACAAGCCGGACGGGCAGGCUCCUGAGCCAGCGCCCGCGCCCUCCGGCCACGUGGGCCGGGAGCUGACCCGCAAGAAGGGCAUUCUCCUGCAGUACCGGCUGCGCUCCACGGCCCACCUCCCGGGCCCGCUGCUCUCUGUGCGGGAACCCGCGCCCGCCGAUGGCUCCGCCCUGGAGCACAGCGAGGAGGACGGCUCCAUCUACGAGAUGGCCGACGACCCUGACGUCUGGGUGCGCAGUCGGCCCUGCGCCCGCGAUGCCCACCGCAAGGAGAUCUGCUCCGUGGCCAUCAUCUCCGGCGGGCAGGGCUACCGGAACUUCGGCAGCGCCUCCGCCUCCGGUGUGGGCGGGAGGCCGGCCUCCUGCGGGGAGACGGACAGCACCCUCCUCAUUUGGCAGGUGCCGUUGUUGACGCUAUAGCCCCCACCCAGGGAGCACAGCUGCAGCCGUGCCCGACUCUCGGCCUGCGUGGGAUCUUCAGCCAGCCAGGGCCCCCGGGAAUGUGGGUGGAAUCGCCUUCCAGGGACCUGCCCAGGGCUGUGUGGAGGGGCCUGGGUCUCUAAUAACGACCCAGGUGGAGGGCCCUGGGUCUCUAGUAACUACCCAGACGGAAGGGCCUGGGUCUGUAGUUACUACCCCAGGGGGACGGGCCUGGGUCUCUAGUAAUGACCCAGGUGGACGGGCCUGGGUCUCUAAUAACUACCCAGGUGGACGGGCCUGGGUCUCUAAUAACUACCCAGACGGAAGGGCCUGGGUCUCUAGUAACUACCCUAGGUGGACGGGUCUGGGUCUCUAAUUACUACCCUAGGUGGAGGGGUCUGGGUCUCUAGUUACUACCCCAGGUGGACAGGCCUGGGUCUCUAGUAACUACCCUAGGUGGACGGGCCUGGGUCUCUAGUAACUACCCUAGGUGGAGGGGUCUGGCUCUCUAGUAACUACCCUAGGUGGACAGGCCUGGGUCUCUAGUAACUACCCUAGGUGGAGGGGUCUGGGUCUCUAGUUACUACCCCUGGUGGACAGGCCUGGGUCUCUAGUAACUACCCUAGGUGGAGGGGUCUAGGUCUCUAGUUACUACCCUAGGUGGACAGGCCUGGGUCUCUAGUAACUACCCAGGGAGACAGGCCUGGGUCUCUGGUUACUACCCAUAUGGACAGGUUGGGUCUCUAGGAACCACCCAGGUGGACAGGCUGGGUCUCUAACACCCACCCAUGUGGACAGGCCUGGUCUCUAGUUGCUAUCAGAGGCGGAGGGGCCUGGGUCUCUAGUUGCUAUCCGAGGGGACGGGCUGGGUCUCUAGUUACUACCCAGGUGGACAGGUUGGGUCUCUAGGAACCACCCAUGUGGACAGGCUGGGUCUCUAGGAACCACCCAUGUGGACAGGCUGGGUCUCUAACACCCACCCAUGUGGACAGGCUGGGUCUCUAACACCCACCCAUGUGGACAGGCUGGGUCUCUAACACCCACCCAUGUGGACAGGCUGGGUCUCUAGGAACCACCCAUGUGGACAGGCUGGGUCUCUAGGAACCACCCAGGGGGACGGGCUGGGUCUCUAGUAACUGUCCUGGCUGAGCAGAGGAAAACCUCUUCCUUUUAAAACAAGAUAAAAUUUAGAGUUUGGGGGAGGGGCUUGGGUUUGUGGAGAGGGAAGAAUCCUCUGAGGAAAUGGCCUUUUUUAAAAAACAAAACACAAAACCUCACAACUGCCUGACAAGCCCAGCGCCUCUUGUCCGGAGGCGGCCCGCGCCCCUCCUGGGAGGGCGUGAGCGUGUGCGUGUAUGAGAGCGUGUGGGCUGGUGUGUGAAUAUAUAUAAAUACGUAUAUAUGGUGUAUAUUAUCUGUGUAUAAAUAAAGUCUGUACAUAUUGGCGCUCUGGGAGAUGCUGGAAUAAAAGGCGAGAAUAACACCGGU